UGUGUGGCGGCCACAUCUAUUGCGCGAGUACUGUUUGUGUUUCAUAACGACUUCCUUACAUAACAGUACCGAGUACUUGUUGAUAGUCAAUCUCGCUCAGAUAUAUAUUCACAUAGUUCAUCCUGGAUCUUUUUAUUAUACUAGAGUGGAUUACCAUCUCUUUCUACUCUCAUUCUAUGUUUCCCUGAAUAGUGUUGUCAGGAAAAGAAAGCAUAAAUCAUUCCAUUAACUAUAGUAAUUUCUCAGUAAACGGGGCAGAAUCUCUAAGAUGGAUUUCAGAGAGCUUAGUGAAUAAUUAUGCUUACUCCUCCAAAGAAUGAAUGAGUCGUCAAGUCGUAACUCCCUAGUCGGUAGAAAUACUGGAUUGAAUCCUAACGUCAUGCGUGACAGUUUGCGUGUACUUAACUCUUCGUGUACUGUAACCACAACUACUCAUGCUCUUGAAAAUCGAUCAAAUUAUCCUCCGAAUCACGGGUUUUUAUGCUCCGAAAAUGGUUUCAAUAAGUCUAUCUCCACUUUUCCCAAUUGUUCGGUUGAUUCCUGCUUUCCUAGUCUCACUGUCUCAAUGGAACAGAAUUUGGUUACGGAUUAUUCUCAGUGUCAUUCAUGUGGUAGCUCCCCACCGCCUCCAGCAUUAUCUCCCGUUAGUUCCUCUCCUACUCAUGGGAGCAACAACCAAAAUAACCAACCUUCCUCCCCUUCUCCUCCAAUCAUAGUUGCUGAAAUUCGAGGUCCUUCAUCCAUUUCAUCUCAAUCAGCUUCCGAGAAAAGCUCUCAUCCCAGGGGUGCAUUUAAAAUGAAUCAACAUGCAUCUCAAAUUCUGAGUAAACCACCGAAUUCUAGUUGCCCAAGGAUAGCAAGCGAUAUGUUUAUGUCUAGUUCCAGUAGUUCAUCUUCGUCUACAUCUUCCUCCUCGAUUUUGAACGAGGCUAACCAUUCUGCUAAUGGUUUACCAAUUCUCGAAAAAAUUUCUAUUGUUCUUGGUUCACCAAGACGACCAGUUGGCGAAAAUUCAAUAAUUCGCGCAAAUAACACUGAUUCAUCUUUAAAAAAUGAAGAUGCAAGACUUCCAAAGUUGGUUCUAGAGAAUCAUAUCCAUUCAUCAAAUAGUAAAGAAAACUCCCCAGAAAAGGUUGAUGAACCCCUCAAAGCUGACUCGUCUGUUAAAAAUGAAGAUACUAAGUCGAAUGUAUUGAAUGAAAAGUCUAAAGUAGCAACAAAACGAAAAACAUCAGCUCGAUCAAGACGUCGACCUAAAUCACGAAAAAUUCGAGGAGAUUCUGAUUCCGAUUUCGAGCCAUUUUCCCAGUCUCAAGCAGGUGGAUCUCGUGGUAGAGCCGAUGCCAGAGCUCUUAUUCGUCGGGUUCAACAAAAAGUCAGCAAUAAAAAAUCUGUUGCUGGUGUUACAUCUGACACUCCUGGUGGGACCAGUGCAGAUAUUGCAAUGCGCAGAAAGUAUUUAGAAUCACCCUUUUUAUGUCUUUGCCAAGCUGGAGGAACAGUUUCUAGUCUUAUGAAAACUUCAGACAACUUCACUAAAUACAAUUGCAUUCCUUCUGGAUCUAAAAUAGUCUGUAAUAAUUCAACAACUAAUAAUGAGUUGAUUGAUAUGAAUUCAUCUUUUUCUGCCCAUAUAAUUAACCCAGCUUUACGUGACUUGUCUGUUCAACAAGUUAAUGGAUACUUCUCUCAUUGUACCAUGCCUGUUAGUUGUCCAUUCAAAGCUAAUCUAACUGGAAGCGCAUCAAUUAAACUUGAUAAACAUGACGUCGGCAUGGAAUCUCGUAGUAUUCUUACAGGUAUUACAUAUAGACCUUCAGGACCUCUACGGGUACGUGACUAUCAGUUCCCAACCUCAGUAAAUCCUAAUAGCCUUUGGAUAUGUGCCUUCUGUGGUGAAGAUAACAAUUAUACUGAAAUUGGUUGUUUAUAUGGUCCCUAUUGGCUUACAGAAGCAGAUAUGAAGCAAUUACCUUCAGAGUUCAUCUAUGAUUCCACUAAUGAAUAUCAGUCUCCUGAUACAGUGACUCAGUCUAAUACACCCAUGACUCCUGUAUCCAGACGUGCAAGAAGUAUAGAAAAGGCAAUUCGUUCUGGUGUAAUUACUUCGACUACUACACGAUCGGCAGCAGCCCAAGGACGUCCUACAGCUGCUAAUACUGGUUUUCUUCGCCUAGUUAUCAAAGCUUCAAAUAGUACGAUAAAUAAUGGUCACUCCCCGACAAAAAAUUCACCCGAUCUAUCUAAGAUAACAAACUCUUGCAGGCCUAGAGUAGGAUCGAACGGUGAAGUCUGGUUUCAUUUUGAAUGUGUACUUUGGGCUCCUGGCACUUACGUGAACGGAAAUGGUGUUAUUGGCGGUCUUGGUGAUGCAUUACAAUUAGCCCUUAAUGCACAUUGUUCACAUUGUCAAAGACCUGGAGCAAUUCUAAGUUGUUGUAAUCGAGGAUGCAAUUUGAGUUAUCAUUAUCAAUGCGCACAUAGAGCUGAAUGUCAUUUGGAUCGAGAUCAAUAUAUUUUGCUGUGCAAAAAGCAUCAUAUCUAUUCAUAGUCAGUUAAUCCAUUGGCAUAACAACAGAUACUUAUUAUAAUGAUUACGAAGUGUUUGUUUUUAUUACUGCUCCACGUUUAUACAUCCUAACACAUUUAGUUUUUUUUCUUCAAAAAAAGAAGCAUUGUUUUGUAAAGAUAUCUUGUAUAUGUAUGUAGUUAGAUAGAGGUAUGUUUGCACACUUUUUUUUUCUUCUUCAAUGAUAUGAUAUAUUGUAUAGGGGCUUAAUAAUUAUUGAAUCUAAAAUACAGAAAUAAGUGAACACUUUCUUUCCUAUCGCUUCACUACUUGUGAACAAACUACGAUGUAGGAAGAAAGAAAUAGUGAUUGUACAGUUUUUUCUUCCAUCUUCCUUUCUUUCGUUUUCAUUAUACACGUUUUGUUGUUUGUUUGUUUGCUUUUUACUCAUACAUGUACGUAUCUAUGCUCUUCAUAUUAUUAUUAUUAUUAUUGUUAUUUUUUUAUUUUCCCUAUUUCGACUCAAACUAAAUCCGAUAGUAAUGAUAAUGAUCAUAAAUUACAAUCAAAUCUACUUAUCUAUCUGAUUUUAUUCAUGUAUUUUAUCAAUGGAAUUUGUUUCUCUAUGCAUGUAUAUCUAUCUAUGUAUCAAUUUAUUUAUGUAUAUGAAUUUGUUGAAA